UUAGAAAGACGACAAAUGGAAUUACGUUAAACAAAUACGUGGGUUGGCAGAUGAUGAUUUUGGGAGUUCCGUUCUCUCCAACCUCCAGGCAUUUUCCUACAAGUUCCAAUAAACAAACACGAAAAUGAGAACUUCCAAGUCGAGGAAGUCAAGUGAUGGACUCAAGUACCCUUUGUUUCCUCGUCCUCGUGCUUCUCCUCUGAAACCUGAAGAAUUCCGAUUCCUCCUCCAUUUCAGCAAAUCUGAAUAAAGGAGAAUUUUGUUUCCAGAAAUAGUUAUGUGCAGGAAUGAAUGUGAAGCAAUUCUGGGUAUGAAAUGAAGCUGAAAUUGUGCCGCUUGAGUUGCUUCUUCUCUCCUGAAUUGCGACCCACCACCACCAGGACCGUCGAGGAAGGAAACUUGAGGAUUUUCAGUCUGCACGAACUGAAACGGGCAACUCAAAACUUCUCUUCUGCAAACAAGGUUGGGGAAGGGGGCUUUGGCUCAGUUUACAAGGGUCGGCUCCAAGAUGGUUCAAUGGUGGCUGUGAAAGUUCUUUCGGUAGAGAUGGAAUCGAUGCGUGGGGAGAGAGAGUUCAUUUCUGAACUGGCCGCACUUUCCAACCUCAGACAUGACAACCUCGUCAUUCUCCACGGAUGUUGUGUAGAAGGGUCGGAUCGAUAUUUGGUCUAUGAGUAUAUGGAGAACAACAGUCUUGCACAUACAUUGCUCGGCAACGACCAGAACAGGAUGAAAUUCAGCUGGGAAGCCAGGCGGCAUGUUUCAAUUGGGGUUGCUCGUGGGAUUGCUUAUCUUCACGAAGAGGUGAAGCCUCAUGUGUUGCACAGAGAUAUUAAAGCAAGCAAUAUACUACUGGAUGAUAAUUUUACACCCAAAGUUUCAGAUUUUGGCCUCUCUAGAAUUCUUAGAGACAACAGUUCCUACGUCAGUACAAGAGUUGCUGGAACUUUGGGUUAUCUUGCUCCGGAGUAUGCUGUCAGCGGCCACUUGACACGAAAAUCAGAUGUUUAUGGCUAUGGGGUUUUGCUCAUGGAGAUUAUAAGCGGCAGAUCAGUUGUGGAUUUUGAUAUUGAACUUGGAGAGCAUUACCUGGUUCAAAUGGCAUGGAGCACUUACAGAGCAAAGAAGCUUCUACAGAUAGUAGAUCCUGCUCUGAACAUGAACUAUCCAGAAGAAGAAGCUCUACGAUUCUUGAAAAUAAGCCUUCUUUGCGUGCAAGAAACUGCAAAGCGCCGGCCGAUGAUGUCAACAGUGGUUGAGAUGUUGAGGAAUGAAAUCGAAUUGGAAAGUUAUGAGAUAUCUGAACCUGGGCACCUCAGUGAUCUAAUGGGAAUUAGAUUGCACAAAAGGUACACAUCUCAGACUAGUUCUUCAAGGAGCACUACCACCACAAGCCUGCAAAGUACUGCACAUUUCUGACUUGUGAGUUUUUGUUAAAGCAAGUGUGGAAAUAGUGGACAGGUUUGUCCGGUUUCCUUAGGUCCUAACAAGAGGCAUACAAGUUAUAGAAAGAUGAUUGAUUUCUGUUUUUUCAGGAGCAUUCUGUUUUUCAGAUGUGUAAAACUGUGUCAUUUAUUAAAUAAAUAAAAUACUUGAAGCAGUAAAAAGUAAAAACGCUUCCUUUGCCAAGAAUAAAGGAGCUGCUGCAGACAGGAAAGAAGAAAAAGAAACUCUUGGGUGGAACUUAAGGAAUGGUUGGGAUUUGGGAGGCUAAUAUGGAUCUACUCUUUAUAGGCCCUACCCUGAUUCUGAAGCUGACCAAUCAAAAAUUGGAAGAAACGAAGAAGAAAUGAUAAAAACAGAACUUUGAAGGAGACGCCUUGUAGUAAACGUGAAUGAGAGUGGGAUAUGCAUGGUAGUUGAAAAGGGUGAAAAACUCAAGAAGGUCAAGACCAAGGAGUCGAGUUUUGAACUUGAAAACUAGAUUUAAAUGGAUAGCAGCAGGCAGCCCUUUGACUUACAGGGCUAUAGUGCUGUUGCUGCUACUAGUACGAGAACAUGAACAUUUUAAUUUUUGCAACUCGAAAGAAUAACAGAGAGAAAUAGGAGGAAGGGAAGGUGCCAAGUUGAUAUUGGUGGCAGAAGCAUGCAUGGCUCCUCGCACGCCAUCCACCAAGCCCCACCAAAACUGCGUUGAUCAGCUCUUGCAAAUGGCAUACAGGGAGCCAGGCACGCCUACAACUUACCACCAUCGCCAUGACCACCUAGCCAGCCUAUGGAUAGCAAGCAGAAAGUUGAACCCUUUUGCUUUUAGGGAUAACAUUAGCAACGAGAGAAAGGGAAUGAAUGCUGUGUCGGUUUGAGAAUGGCGAAAGAGGGAGGCAUUGAUGAGUACGUAAAGAGGACGAGAGGUUGAAGAAAGGAAGUGUGGGGUUGUUUGGCUUGAAGGCCAAUACUCGUUGCUCUCAAGUGGAGCUGAGCGUCGACUCUUGAUUCGCCUUUCGGCCAGCUUUUGAGUUGACCAAUUUGGCACGUAGUAGAGGCAUAGCAAGAAGAGGAAGGAAACAAGAAAGCCACACCGCACGACCUGCACAAGGGUGCGUGUGUGGCGAUGUGGUGUUGUUGUGGUUCUUCUUCUUCUUUCUUUAUGAGAGCUUGCAAACUGAAAGAGAGUGAUGGUGAAGAGUCGAGGGGGAGAUAUAUAGCGAGAGACUUUAAGAUAUGCUUUUCCCGUUUCUUGUUUUUUCUUUUCUUGUUCUUUUGAUUCUACUUUUUGGGCUUGAAUUCACGUCAGAAAGCAUAGCGAGAAAGGGCGUGUUGUGGUUUUUUUCCCCUGCUGUUUCUGAAACGGAUUUGUCUGCAAGUGCUUGGAUGAGUAUAUGAUUCUCCUCGAAGAGGGAAACAAGACGGGGGAAAAGAGAAAGGUAAAAAACCAAAAACCCAAUGAAAAGAAAAGAAAUGA